UCUAAAGAAGUGCAUGUAUUGAGUGAUGGAUACAAACAAAGUAGUGUUAAACACACCGAAGAUGUGGGAAGUGUUGAAUAUACGGCACCCGAAGGACAGACCACUGAAUACAACCAUUUAAUAGAUGUCUAUAGUCUGGCACUCAUUGGGGCACAACUUUUCGGUUUCAAUACAAGCAAUAUUGAAAAUGGAAACUUCCAAUAUAGAGGUGUUCACAUACAACAGGUUUAUUUGCUACUCACACGUGACCAGAUUCAAACCAAAUUGACCCAGGUGGCAAAUAGUGAUGAAUAUAAUGGCGACGCGUUUAUCAUGAUGUUUAUCGGUGACGGCUAUAACGAGAAUAUAAUAGGCUAUAGAGAUCCGAAUGACACGCAAUUGCCGCCAGAGAAUCACAAUCUGUUGCCUAUUAGUGAUAUUGUGGCCACUUUUGCCUGGACUCGGGCCCCAGUAUUACGAUAUAAAACCAAAGUGUUUAUAUUCAACUGCGACCGCUUAAAAGUUGACGUCGACUUAUACAAAACUAUUGUGACAAAUGAUUUUUGCGUUAAAUCUGCCGAGAUGAUUUUGGGCCAUAAAGAACCGGCACUGAUUAACAAGUUGACCAUGCUUGAUCCACAAUUCAAACAUGAUAAUAAUCAAAUUUAUGUCAUAUAUUCCUGUCGCGAGGGGUAUGCCUCUUGGCAUAGACCUGUUGACGGUCCUAUUGGUAAUGUCACUCAAUUCGGUCAAACAUUUAGUCAUACAAUAGCGCAGUACUCGUCAUAUAAAAGCCUGAUUGAGAUGUUUGUUAUGAUCGUCGAGCAGGAGCCGGAUAAUACAGGCGACGACUACGACACAUACCGGGCCGACCGUACGGCACAUUCCACUAAAACAAAUACAAGGAACAAAUAA